GCACUUGCAAGACAUGCUUCUCCAAACCACCAUUUCUUUGCCGCCUCUUCAACACCACCAGCCGGUCUCUCUUUCGCAGUCUUGCUCUGUUUUUCCAUUGGGGUCUCUGAAGUUGAGGCGGCACACAGUCUCUCGUCAGCUUGUUGAUUGUCUCAGCAAUUUAAAAUGGGUGUCAAGUGUGCAUGCAAGGCCUACAAACUGUGGCUGUGAGAUGUACUAGUUGAUUCUAUGAGAGUGAGUCUCAGAAAAGGGCGUGUGUAUGAACGGGAGGUUUUUUUAACUUGGAAAGCUUCUCUUAAUCUGAAGAUAUGCUAUGCUUCUGCGCAUCUGUCCCCCCGCCCCCCUUUCCCUUCAUAUGUUCUUCUUUGUCAGGCCAUUGUUCAGCAUUAUGGUGAGCAAUAUUUGACAUCCUCUAUUGUGGGCCAUGGACUGAACGUCAACAGAUUUCCCAGUUUCCAGAUACGUCAAAUGAAAUUGGCAUUGGGAUCCCAUACCUCACAUAAAUUUAAGAUUUCUGGAGGGUGUCAGGUGUCACUAAAAGGUGAUGAAAACAAGGAGGCUGAGGAGAAGAGAAAGCAAAGCAAGAAGAAGAGGGUAUUCUUCUUGGAUGUGAAUCCACUGUGUUAUGCAGGAAGCAAAGCGAGUUUACACUCUUUUGGCCGUUGGAUUUCUCUUUUCUUCGACCAAGUUAGCCAUAGUGAACCUGUUAUUGCAGUUCUUGAUGGGGAAGGGGGCUAUGAGCAUCGCAGACAAAUACUACCUUCAUAUAAAGCCCACAGAAGGAAGUUCUUACGACAAAUAUGGACUAAUCAGAAACUUUCAAAGUGCAAUGUUGGGAGUUCACAUCAAGUUGUCACAGAUGUUCUGAGGAAAUGCAAUGUGCCGGUCAUAAAAAUUGAUGGCCAUGAAGCUGAUGAUGUUGUUGCUACACUUGUUAGCCAAGUGGUAAAAAGAGGAUAUAGGGCGGUCAUUGCCUCCCCUGAUAAAGAUUUUAAGCAGCUGAUUUCUGAAGAUGUCCAAAUUGUUAUGCCUCUGGCAGAAUUAGAUCGAUGGUCCUUCUACACUCUAAAGCAUUACAUAGCCCAAUAUAAUUGUGAUCCCCUUUCUGACUUGAGCCUCCGUUGCAUCAUUGGUGAUGACGUUGAUGGCGUUCCUGGGAUUCAACAUGUGGUUCCUGGAUUUGGCCGAAAGACUGCUGUGAAGCUUUUGAAGAAGCACGGUUCAUUGGAAAAGCUACUAAAUGCAGCAUCAGUUAGAACCGUGGGUAGAUCAUAUGCCCAAGAUGCCCUCAAAAAUUACGCUGAUUACCUUCGAAGGAAUUAUGAGGUGCUAGCUCUAAGGAGGGAUGUUGAUAUUCAUCUUGAAGACGACUGGUUAGAGGAAAGGGACACACACAGUGAUUCAAAUGCUUUGGCAAACCUUUUCAGAUCAUUGGAAGAAACUCAAAAAUGUAUUCACCAAAAUAAAUCUCAUUCUUCUAAAGUUUAGAUCUAAAAUGCCUCUCAAAUGGUAUAUGACUUAAGGAGUGGAGUACUACUGAAUUUGAUAAUUGGGCUCAAGAUUACACUCGUCCUACUUUUCAUUGCUGAACAUAUGAAUGUUUUUAUUUUAUGUUAAGAGAGUUGUGAUACUUUUGUUUUAUGUUAAGAGUAGGUAAUGAUGUUGAUUC